GAGACGGUGUUCAUGGGGAACGGGGAACAGUACAUCUGGAAGCCCCCAGAGGAUGAUGACAUCAUCACCCUGCACCGAGCGCCUGCACCCCCGGGGGAGAACGGACAGGGAUACAUACCUACAGCCAUGGAGAUCACAGACACCUACUCCACCGUGUGUAAACCACAGAAGAAGAAACCUUCCCCAGACCACAGCGCAGCCAAGACCCUCCCCCGCAACCACUGCCCUGGGGGGAAGAAUGGAGGAGGUAGGGGAGGAGGAGCAGGAGGGAAUGAGGGAGGGAACGGGGCGUGGGGUGGCGGUCGGGAGAUCCCGGGUGGCCAGGCCCGAUCCCAUGAGGAGCCCUGCUACGAGCCCGUCGGCGACAAGUCCUGGCCCACCUGUGUGGUGGCCGAGUCGGACCCGGCGUACGCCACUAUCGACUCCCACCGGAAACGUGAGUGGGCAGGAACCAAUAACGGUGCGCUGGGGGCGAACGCUACACUAAAGCCCAGGAAGAAGCCUCCUCAGCAGGGAGCAUCGUCUCCAGAGGCCCCAUGCCCCCAGGAACCUCCAGCAUGCCCCCCGGCCCCUCCAUCUAGGGCCUUGCCUGGGGGGGAGAACUUCUAUGAGACCAUCAGCGAUGUGAAACAGGGGGCCAACAGUGCCAGCACCACCACCAUCUUCACCUUCAACGACGGGAUGGAGAUGUAUGUCACUGGCCUGUAGC